AUGCAGACCGCCGCCGUGAUCCCCCCUCUCAACGAGCGCCCGAUCAAGAACACAAUCGUCCUCUUCGAUGUAGAUGAGACGCUCACAAAAUCCCGGCAGGGAGUCAAGCCCGAAAUGCUCACCCUCCUCUCCGCGCUCCGCCAAAAAGUCGCCAUCGGCUACGUCGGCGGCUCCGACCUAGCCAAGCAACAAGAGCAACUCGGCACCUCCGAAAUCCCCGUAACCUCCCUCUUCGACUUCUGCUUCCCUGAGAACGGACUUACUGCUUUCCGACUCGGCGUGCCCCUCGCAUCCCAAUCCUUCAUCGGCUGGCUCGGUGAAGAGAAAUACAAGAAGCUCGUCAACUUCCUGCUGCGGUACAUCAGCGAGAUCGACCUACCGUUCAAGCGCGGGACCUUCGUCGAGUUCCGGAACGGCAUGGUCAACGUGAGCCCCGUGGGCAGGAACGCCACGAAUGCGGAGCGGGACGCGUUCAACGCGUUUGACACGGAGCAUAAAGUGCGCGAGAAGUUCGUAGCUACACUCCAGAAAGAAUUCGUGGAAUUGGGGUUGACCUAUUCCAUCGGUGGCCAAAUCUCCUUCGACGUCUUCCCUACCGGCUGGGACAAGCGCUACUGCCUGCAGCACGUCGAGGCCGAGAAAGCGCGCCCAGACGGCGUCGACUACACUACCAUCCACUUCUUCGGCGACAAGACGUCGCCCGGCGGCAACGAUUACGAGAUCUACUCGGAUUCGCGCACGAUCGGGCACAGCGUCAAGGACCCAGACGACACGCUGGCGCAGGUGAAGGCGGAGUUCUUCUCGUGA